AUGGCUCCAGGGCCCUCCUUCUGGACAGUCUUGACACACUUUUUCCCGCCCAAGCCUCGAUUCACCGAGAAAGAUGUGCCGGACCUGACCGGCAAGGUCUGCGUGGUGACAGGGUCCAACACGGGCAUCGGCAAAGAUGUGGCUCGAUUCUUGUACAUGAAGAAUGCCAAGGUCUACGUGGCAUGCCGUUCAGAGGAGAAGGCCCUCAAGGCCAUCGAAUCCGUCAGGACGGAACCGGCCUGCGCGAGGUCUACGGGAGAACUGGUCUUCCUGCCGCUCGACCUAGCUGAUCUACCGAGUACGAAAGCCGCGGCCGAGAACCUCAUUGCAAAGGAGGAAAAGAUCCACCUCUUGUUCAACAACGCGGGAGUCAUGGUAGGUACCGGGGAGCCGAUACCAAGAACGAACCAGGGGUACGAGCUGAGCCUGGGUGUCAACUGCUUGGCACCCUUCCUCUUCACGCAGCUGCUCACGCCCACGCUGGCGGCCACCGCCAAAACUGAGCCGCCCAACACGGUUCGCGUCGUUUGGGUGUCCUCUUUCGGGCUGAAUCUCUCCGCAUCCGAGGACGUGGGCGUCUCUCUGGUCAACCUGGACUACCACCGGCCACAGCCCAACACUGAGCGGUACGGACUCGUCGUCAGCGUGCCCAUCGACCCUGGUAAUCUGCGGACCGAGCUACCCCGAGACCAGAGCAUCGUGAUCAAGAUCAUGGUGGCGGUGCUCUGCUACCCGGUCGUCAACGGCGCUUACACGGAGCUGUUUGCCGCGUUCUCGCCGGAUGUUACAGUGGACUCAGACUGGUCUCAGGAGUGGGUAAUCCCGUGGGGUCGAUUCCGCGCGCUUCGGCCAGAUCUGCUCAAUGCAACAAAGUCUGCGGCUGAGGGUGGGACAGGUGGGGUCCGAAAGUUCUGGGACUGGUGUGAGGAGCAGGUAAAGGCAUAUUUGUAG